GUAUACUGUAGAUGAGCCAAGUUCAGUCGCGUUCACACACAGCUGCACCAUGUGACUGUCUGUAACUUCAUCAGACCUCACAGCAACACCACCACCAGCAGCAGCAGCAGCAGCAGCAGCAGCACACUCGACACUCAUCCUGGACCAGCAUUGGAUCUUUUUACAUUGUUUGACACUAUUUUAUCCGUGUGAAGUUCAGAGAUGUGGUGGUUCACUCAAGGACUGUGCUUUCUGCCAGUGUUCCUGGUCAUCUGGUCCUCCAGCACCUUCAUUAUUUCCUACCUUAUUGCUCUCUUCAGAAACGAUGUCGACAUAAUCUUCCCAUACAUAAGUGACACAGGUGCAAACCCCCCAGAAAGCUGCGUAUUUGGCCUGAUGACAUUCAUUUCUGCAUGUGCAGGAAUAGCCACCAUCUAUGCCAGGUACAAGUAUGUGGAGAAGCUGAGUGAGGACACGAGGGUGGUGAACCCACGUCUCAAUAAAGCUGCUCUUGUGAUUGGGUUGUUGUCCAUUUUGGGCAUGUGCAUUGUUGCCACGUUCCAGGAAAUAGCAGUGACAGUAGUUCAUGAUAUGGGAGCUCUGCUGUUCUUUGUCACUGGCAUCUUAUACACAAUCCUCCAGACCGUUAUAUCGUAUUGUGCCUUUCCAUUCGGGUCCUCCGUGGGUGUGUGUCGAGCACGUUUCGUCGUCGCCAUCAUUGCCUCUUUGGCAUUCUUUCCCACUUUCAUCUGUGCGUUCUUUGUGACACAAACCACACUGCACAGGCACCCCACAGAUCAGGAUUAUCCUUACCAUGUUGCCAGCGCUGUAUGCGAGUGGAUUGUUGCCUUCAGCUUCAUCUGCUUCUUCCUCACAUACAUCGACGAUUUCAAACUGUUUACCUUACGAGUGAGAACAGAAUGUGAGGAGUAGUCUUGAUGAGUCUGCAACUGCCAGCCAAACUUAGUAUGGAUAUCAGUAUUUUAAUGUUUAAACGUGCUGCAUAUGUUUUUGUAAUGCUUUUACGCACAUUUUGUACAUUUGCAUUUUACACUGCAAGGCUUUUAUAAGUGUUUUGUAUCACCUGACCGAAUUCAUUGGUAGAUUACAGAAGGUGCAUUGUUAUUUAUACAUUUUAAACAUAAGGAAAAAACUGAUCAUAGCCUUUAUCUUUAUACCUUUUUAUACGGUCUCAAAUCAUUUUUACAAGUGUACUUAUUGCUGUGUUCAAACACCACUUUGCACUUUGCUCUUGACUGUUGCCCACUUGUUGCCGAACCAGCGUGACACAUCCUGUCAGGCCAGUAAUAAGAGAAGUUCAUCACACAGUGAACACAUGAUAGCUUCACAUUUUGUGGUUAAAUGAGAAUACCGCUCAGACUAACAACACGUUCAUCUGUGAGCACAUGCUGGCUGAUGAUUUGUGAGACUACACUGAUGUACUGUAUGGAAGUAACCAGGUUUUCUUUGGACCGUUAGACUGUUGUGACAACAAAUUAUGUAGAAAAAACUCUUUCUAUGGAUGCUCCAAUUCAGAGAUCUGGUUCUUGUACUUAGUGUAUGCUGCUGAACUGGUUUCAGCUGAUACUAAAUGGUUCUAAUGUGCAGCUAUGGAUGAGAUUUUGCAUGUGUCUACAGCCUGUAGGCGGCUCAUGCAGUGGGGAUUACGCUACUUAAUUAAUUAGUUUGCUCAGCACAACUGCCAAAUUAAAUUGCUAUAAUAAAAUAAACAGGAAUUGAAUUUAA